UUCUUGUCUCUCCUCCACUCAUCAGUGGAUAGUGAGAUUGCACAAGUCUUCUUCCCCUUCGCUGAGCUCCAUCAGGAGCCAAUCCAUCCAUCGUUCGCUCGUCCGAUCGAGCUAGCAUCAAUCAACUCAGAUGGGCGCGGGGUCGUCGUCGAUCCAGUCGUCGGUGGACUUGCCGCAGCUGCUGUGCUUCGUGUGCGUGGAGCAGUCGACGGUGGCCAUGGAGGAGACGUGCGGGCGCUACGACACGGUGCUGGAGCCGGGCUGCCACUUCAUGCCCUGGUGCGUCGGCCGGAGGGUCGCCGGCUACCUCUCCCUCCGCGUGCAGCAGCUCGACGUCCGCUGCGAGACCAAGAGCAAGGACAACGUCUUCGUCACCGUCGUGGCGUCCGUGCAGUACCGCGCCCUGGCCGACAGGGCCUACGACGCCUUCUACCGCCUCAGCAACACCCGCGAGCAGAUCCAGUCCUACGUCUUUGACGUGAUCCGCGCGAGCGUGCCGAACAUGAACCUGGACCAGGUGUUCGAGCAGAAGAACGAGGUGGCGCGGGCGGUGGAGGAGGAGCUCGCCAAGGCGAUGGCCAUGUACGGGUACGAGAUCGUGCAGACGCUGAUCGUGGACAUCGAGCCCGACGAGGUGGUGAAGCGCGCCAUGAACGACAUCAACGCGGCGGCGCGGCUGCGCGUGGCGGCGGCGGAGCGCGCCGAGGCCGAGAAGAUCCAGCAGGUGAAGCGCGCCGAGGGGGAGGCCGAGUCCAAGUACCUGGCGGGCGUCGGCGUCGCGCGCCAGCGCCAGGCCAUCGUCGAGGGCCUCCGCCGCUUCGUGCCCGACGAGAAGUCCGUCAUGGACAUGGUCCUCGCCACGCAGUACUUCGACACCAUCAGGGACAUCGGCGCCACGUCGCGCGCCGCCACCGUCUUCAUCCCGCACGGCCCCGGCGCGGUGCACGACCUCGCCACGCAGGUCCGCGACGGCGUGCUCCAGGCCGCCGCGCACGCACCCGCCGCCGGAGCCAGGUGACCGUCCACCGCAGCCCUUGGUUCGUGUACAUACGUACGUGCAUCGUACAUGCCUGUAUUGGACAUGUGUGUAUUCUUUGAGGUAUGGAUAUGUAUCAUUGUAGAAUUCGAUGUUCGUUCAUACGAAAA